UCCAAACAAGGUCAAACCAAACCAACAAGGAAAAAGAGUUUACCAGAUAAGAAAGGAGAAGUGACGGAAUUGAAUUGAAGAGGUGAAGAAAGGAAAUGGCAGAGAACAAAGAAUCAACUUCGAUUUCACUUAGUCAAGGACUGACUCGCCGUGACUCGGAUCCUGAUGAUAUACCAAAGUCUCCACCUAGCUCCCCAAAUUCCUCAACUCGCAAGGCUUGUUAUGCUGUUCUUCAGAGUUGGGUUUCAACGAAGUUCAUGACUGGAUGUGUGGUUCUGUUUCCAGUUGCUGUUACCUUUUUGGUGACAUGGUGGUUUAUCCAGUUUGUUGAUGGUUUCUUCAGUCCAAUAUAUGCUAAACUUGGCAUUGACAUAUUUGGCCUUGGAUUUAUUACUUCGCUGCUUUUUAUAUUCUUUGUUGGGAUAUUCGCUUCAUCAUGGUUGGGUGCCACUGUUUUCUGGAUUGGAGAAUGGUUUAUUAAGCGAAUGCCAUUUAUGAAGCAUAUAUACUCAGCUUCCAAGCAAAUUAGUGCUGCUAUUUCUCCAGACCAAAAUACGACUGCUUUUAAAGAGGUUGCCAUUAUUCGUCAUCCUCGCCAUGGUGAAUAUGCAUUUGGUUUCAUCACAUCAUCUGUUGUCCUUCAGAGAGAAGAUGGAGAUGAAGAGUUAUGCAGCGUUUAUGUCCCAACAAAUCAUCUGUACAUUGGCGACAUAUUUCUGGUCAAUUCUGAAGAGGUCAUAAGACCAAACUUGUCUAUUCGAGAAGGCAUAGAGAUUAUUGUUUCAGUCGGUAUGACAAUGCCACAGUUAAUAUCUUCUACAGAAAGGAUACCUCAUCAAAGCAAUAGGAUUCCUCUGAGCAGACUUAUACGAAGGAUACGAAUGGUUUGACAAGCCAAAAGGUGGCAGAUUUGUCCUUGGCUGGGUUUAUAUUUACAGAGAUUUAGCCAUUGAGAGAAUACACUAACAUAUGGAAAGGUGAAACCAUGUAAACUAAGUUUUGCACAUGUAUUAUUUCAUCUUUUACAAUUUCCUAGUGUAAAGAAAGUGCUGAGUACUCCAGUUUUGCUCUGGAUAAAGGCAGUCAUAAAUUCAUAGGAAGUCCCAAUAUCCACUUUUUUUUUUUUUUUUUUUUUAAACCUGUA